CCGACCAGCCACCGUGUCCGCGUACUCCGACGCGGGCGCGUGCAGCCAUAUUCAAUUCUCACAAGAUAAGGACGAUCUCCGACUAUAAAACCCGCCAUUCCCCGGCGAUCCAUUCCAUUCCGAGGUCGACCGAGAUCGAUAAGCUUAAACACCAGGAUCGGAAAAGCAGCACGCGGCAAUCUUGAUUUUCUCUUGAAGGGGGAUUCUUUGGGGAAACAUGGAGCGCAAGAACUCGUUCGGCACGUCGUGGGCGGACCAGUGGGACACCGGCAGCGACCCGAGCCCGCGUGCCGCAAGCGACGGCGGCAAGAAGCAGCAGGGCGGCGGCGGAGGCGUGGAGAAGACCAAGGCGGCCGCGGCGACCGGGCUGAAGAAGGUGAAGGAGGGCACCGCGCACGGCUUCCAGUGGAUCAAGGGCAAGGUCCAGAAGAAGAAGCAGGGCGGCGCUGGCGACGGCGCCGGCGACGGGAUAUCCGCCGGGUAUUAGCCCAGGCCCUGCUUCCUCUUGCCGGAUGGAUGGUCCGUGGAUCGGUUGAUUCGGCGAUCCGUGCUUCCUCUUCAGUCUUUGUAUAUAUAUAAGUUUUGCUGUUGGAUUUAGGAUGUUGCACACCACCUUGUACAUGAUCGAUCGAUCGAUCGAUCUCUUGGAUUUCUGCCUUUUAUUGAUUGGUUCGUUGUUCCGUCUGUCUCCUGCCGUCGAUUGUUCAGAUGAAAUUUGAUGUUGAUUAGUCCA